AUGAACAUAAAAUACAAUAAAUAUAAUUUAGAUCCAAAUGUUGUAAAGUGUGGAGGCUGCUCUAAACCAGCCCAGUUGAGGCGUGGAGAUGGAAAAGUUGUUAGUGCUUACAGAGAAGUAGAGGAAGAUUAUGGAAUGCCUUCUCAUCAUCUAGUAGAUAAUGAUAAUCCGAGCGUUGAUGGGGUAAUGUUCAAUCCCCAGGCGAAAAGAGAAUGUUCCGAACGAGAACGCGAAGGUGAACGAUUAAUAGAGAAUAUGAAACUCGGAAAAUAUUUAGGGGGUUUAAGAGUGAAAAAAGAUAAUAACGACAACCAAGACAACUCUCCUAAAUCUAAUCCGGCAGCUUCGACUCCUCAACCGAUAACUAAUUCAAAUGACAAAAAUGAUAAUUCAGUAGGUUCGGUUAAUGCUCCUCCAUCUAGUUCAGAACCAAAAAACUCGUCUGAAAUUAAAAUCUCUCCAAAACCAGUUGGAGAGUCGAAAGAUAAUCCUAGAGAGAAGCUGCAGAAUGAAACUGAAAAAGGUAAUAACCAAACACCAGUCAUUAAUCUAAAAGAUAUUAAGAAAAUUAGUUUAGUAGGUGAUAAUUUGGUAAUUGAGUUUAAUCAGAGUGAAAAAAGGCAAACGGUAGUUUCUGAGCAGAUCACUAAUAACCAAGAACUUUCGGCAGUUAAGAAUUAUUUGAGGAAAAAUAACCAAACUAGUUUAAGUCAGCAAGAAUUAAACAAAAUUUUCAGUAAAGAAAAUAACCGGGUUGCAUCAACCAAAAAGUCCCCAGAGUUGAAUAAUGCUCUCUUAAUUGGAGGAGGGGUGACAGUAAAUAAUAUCCAAAAAAUCCAAAAACCGAUUGCCACAAUGAAAGUACAAAAUAACGAAAAGGUAUCAAGAAACAAAGAAGUUAUUAAAGAGGAGGAAUUUAUUGUCAAACCUAUUCAUCCUGGCACUAUAUUGAGAGAAGGGUUAUUAAUACCUCAAGAUAUUAGCCCCCAAGAACUAGCCCAGGCAAUUAAAGUUCCCAAAGAACAAAUUAAAUGA